AUGUUUGGAAAUCUGUUUGAGGAGGACGACGAGGGAUUUUCCUCGGUGCCCACUGGAGGUAAUUUAGUCAAAGGGAAAAAAGAGGCCGAGCCGCCGCCGCCGAGAGGCAGCGUCAAUCUGUGCGGUAUCAAGAACCAAGGCGGCACAUGCUACCUCAACUCCUUGCUUCAGACCCUCCUGUUCACACCUGAGUUUAGGGAGGAGCUAUUUCUUCUGGGGCCAGACGAGCUGGGUUGCCUUGAGGAUAAGGACAAACCAGAAGCAAAGGUGCGAGUUAUCCCCCUUGAACUCCAGAGGCUUUUUGCUCACCUUCUAUUGGUGGAUGAACAGGCUGCCUCAACCACUGAUCUGACAGACAGCUUUGGAUGGACGAAUAAUGAGGAAACAAGUCAGCAUGACGUGCAGGAGCUGAACCGCAUUUUGUUCAGUGCUCUGGAAAGUUCUCUGGUUGGUACUUCUGGCAGCAGCCUCAUCCACCGUCUGUACCAUGGCACACUCGUCAACCAGAUCACCUGUAAGGAAUGUAGCAACAUCAGCGAGAGACAGGAGGACUUCUUGGACCUGACUGUGUCUGUCAGGGGUUUGAAUGGUCUGGAGGAGGCCCUGUGGAACAUGUUUGUGGAGGAGGAGGUGUUUGAUGGGAAUAAUCUGUAUCGCUGCAGCAAGUGUGACCGACUGGUCAAGGCAGCUAAGUCUGCCAAGCUGAGGAAACUCCCACCGUUUCUGACUAUGUCCUUGUUGCGAUUCAACUUUGACUUUGCCAAGUGUGAACGCUACAAAGAGACUGGCAGCUACAGCUUUCCUCUCUCCAUCAAUCUCAGGCCCUUCUGUGAGCAGACAGACCUGCCAGACUCUGAGUACUCGUAUGAGCUCUUCUCUGUCAUCAUCCACAAAGGAGGCUGUUACGGUGGCCAUUACCACGUCUACAUCAAAGACAUUGAUCAACUUGGCCACUGGGAGGCGCCAGAGGAGGAGACGAAAGCUAAGACGCAGAGGAAGGAAGUGAGAGUGAGUGAGCCUGUGGUGGAGAAAGAGGACCCACUGUCUGUGCUCGUUGCCAUAGUGGCACAGGAUGAAUCCAAGAGUGUCCUUGUGGACCAGCUUGGCCAAAAGCUGAUGGAAAAAAUUGGCUCCUCAUGGAAUAAAAAAUUCCGGAAGCAAUAUGGACCCAUCAGCAAGUUCCUUCAGAGCCACUCAGACGUGUUUUUGCUGGUUUCCAACGGAACCAGGGUGGCUCUUAAAGCUGGCACUCCGGUUCUGGCUGAGCCCAGUCUGAGUGAACCGGACGGCACUGUUGCGCUAAGCAGCAGCAGCAGCAGCAGCCAACAGAAAGUGGAUCCAGAACCAGAAUUCGGUGAUAGCGGCUACUGGUUUGACCUGAAUGACUCCACUGUGACAUCCAUCAGAGAAAAAGACAUAGAGAAACAGUUUCAGGGAAAGGAGAGUGCCUAUAUGCUGUUUUAUCGAAAAGCCACUCUACAUAGACCGCCGGAAGCCAAAGGAAACCCAGGAUACAAAAUGCCACCUCACCUACUUCAGAUGGUUGAAGAAGAGAAUGCCAAUCUUCAGAAGAGGAGAGAGGAGUUUGAGUCCAGCAGUAACAGUAUUGAGAUCAAGCUACAUCUGGCCCCCCACUACAAGAGCCAGAAUGGCGCCCUACAGCCUGUUGGUCAAGCCAGCGAUGCUGUGAUUACCAUUACCUUUGACCGGAGGAAGACUGUUGGAGACCUUCGUUUGGCUAUCUACCAGAUGCAGGAUCUUUGGGAGGGAGACAUGGCGUUGACCGUAGCUAAAAACUUGCCAGCUGGACUACACCUCUAUGACACACUCACAGAUGACCAGCAGUCUCUGUACAGUGCAGGAUUGAGUACCGGUUCUGACCUGUUUGUGUGGAAUGGGAGAGAGGUGUGUGGUGUGGAGAUGAAGACGGGCGUUGAGUGGGAGCCGUUGUUGCUGUCUGUGCUUCGUCCCUCUUUGGAGAACUUGGGUUCUGGGGACGGUUUUGGGGUGGGUGAUGCUGAUAGUUCUGGUCUGGUACGAUCCAUGCGGGGGUUCGCCAGAGGGGCUACUCUGGGGACUGUUAGGGAGGCCCUAGGACCCCAGGAGUCCCUGCUGUGUCAGGAGCAGAGUAAAACGAGCACCAGCGGGGGAGGUGCGAGCGGCUGGAGGGUUUUUCCUCCCCAGGACAUGCAGAGGACUCUCAGGGAGCUGGCACUGAAAGACGGGGAUGCUCUGCUCCUCCUGGAGCCUCAGGAGCUGGACAGCAGCAUCUUCAGUGUCAGUGGUGACAUGGUUACCGUGACGACGCCAUCCGACUGUCGCUGGUUGCAGGUGGAGUUUCGACUCCAAGGUGGAGCAAAAGAGGAAGAGGCGAGAAACGGAGAGGAAAAAGUAGAAGAAGGCAAAAAGGGCAAAGUUGCAGCAUGCGGCCAAAUGCUGCUGUCAGAAGUAAAGGAAAAAGCCAUUGAAGAACUGCUGUUACGGGAUCAGUUUAAAGGUGUGGAGUUUUGUCUGCGACAGAUGGAUCGAUCGGGGAAACUUUUGCCACCAGUGCGUGAAGAUUUAAGUGUGAAGGAUGCAGGUAUCAGGCUGAUGACAUCACUGUAUCUCUGUCCUGGAAAAGCACCCACGGCCAAUCAGCUGUUUCUCUACUUCACUGUGAGCACAGGGCCCUUUGUUGGUCAUGAGAUGGAGAUUAUUGUGGAUGAGACUAUCACUGUAAAAGAGUGUCUCAAUGCGACGUUGCAGAUGGCUGGACUUCAGGGUGAGUCUUGGCACCUUAGGAGAAUGGACUGGUGUGAGGAGGUUGGAGAACCUCUCAUGGAUGAGAAUGCAUCUCUUUUGGAUAUGAAAGUCAGCAACGGGGACACUUUGGUGGUCACAGAGGGAAAACUUCCCCCUAAGGGCUUUCUAAAGCUUUCUGUGUGGUUGUAUGUGGAUUUGAAAGACAGCUCUCUGUCCAAUGGCUGUGAGUUGAACCACACGGGGGAGGGAGCAGAGAAUCGGAGCUCGGAUGUCUUGCCCACAGAGUGGUCGGGAGUGGAAAUGAGGUUUGUUGGAUAUGUGGAGAUAUCUGAGGAGGCUUCCCUUGAUGAUCUGAAGACUCAGAUGAUGACUCUGCCAGCCCUGCUGGAUGUAUGUGUGCCCACCCCCGCUUUUCUACGGGUGUGGUAUCUGGAGGCUCAGCGACUGAGUAGGAUCCUCAGGGGAAACCAGCAGACCCUCCGGAAGCUGAAAUUGGGGAAUGGCUCAGAGGUCUGCGUGCAGAGGCUUCUGAAAGAGGAGGAUCUUGGGCUGAAGGAGCUUCUUCUCAGGGUCCAGGUGGGAGUUCCUGGACAGAGAGAGUAUUACCCGGCUGAGGAGUUUGUGUGGGAUGCUGGGCGGGAUGGUUCUCCCCGGGGCCUACGCGUUGCUCUGGCCUCCCAGUAUGGCCUCUCCCCUGACAGCCUGCUCCUCGCCAAACACCUCCCUGAUAAACACUGCUGGAUGGCCAUCUCUAACUGGACUCAACAGGUCUCUAAAAGGAAGAAGAAAAAGAAGGCCGAAAGUCUGCUGGGAGCUCCUUUCCACUUGAAAGACGGAGACAUCAUCGGCAUGAAAAACUUACUCGUGGACAGUAACAGAGAGUUCAGCACACUAGAGGACGAGCAGGGUCAGCAGAGGCUCCGAGAGCAAGCGGAGAGCCGCAGGAAAGGUGGGGAGACUGCCAGUGGUGGCCCUGUCCAGGAAACUAUGCCAGAGAAGAAGGCGGGUCAGGGGAAAAAUAGGAAACCGGAGGUAGCCUUGUCCAUUAAUGUUGGGGUGUUCAGAUAGCCAUGCUUCAGUA